AGGGAGUGGCUUUACGCACUCUCCACAUCUACCUGACUCUGAGAGCUGGACUUUGAACUGGAGCUUUAAGGAAAUAGGAAAAUCCCAAGGGAGCAACUCUGCAAGGCAGAUGAGAUGAUAGUGUGAUGGUGUGAGUAUACUGUAUCUUUGAGGACGUUAUUGAGGAUGGCAGGUGACACAACUACCCUCUCCUGGAAGGUACCUGCCCAGGACUGGGAUGGGGGCAUCAAAAGCCCUGACCUGGGUCCUGUUGGAGAAGGUGGUCCUGUGAAGAUCCUCAAAGUGUGCUUCAGUAACAGCAAUAAUUUUAGCAAGAACUUUAAACUAGUCAAAUGUGACAGCUCAUGGCAGAUCAAGACCAUCAUCCAGUCUAUUCUGAACAGUGGGCGCUUGGGCCCAAAUGUGCAAAACCCAGGCUGCUUCGGAUUGAGACUCAAACAUCUCAAAUCUGAGGAGGUCCACUGGUUGCACCCAGAUCUUACGGUAGGCCAGGUGGAACAGCGCUAUGAGAGUCAUCACGCUGAGGCUGAGUGGAGAUAUGACCUUAGAAUUCGCUACAUUCCUGUUGAUUAUAUGAAACGGUUAAAAGAAGACAGAACCUUCCUAUUGUAUUUCUAUCAGCAGGUGCGGAGUGACUACAUGCAGAAUCACGCCAACAAAGUUAGUGAUGGAAUGGCACUUCAGCUGGGCUGUUUAGAGAUCAGGCGCUUUUAUAAAGACAUGAAUGCCAAAGGUCUAGAGAAAAAGACAAAUUUUGAUCUGCUAGAAAAAGAUGUUGGUCUGGACCUGUUCUUUCCCAUGGGACUUAUUGACAGUAUGAAGCCUAAGCAGUUAAGGAAGCUCAUCCAGCAGACGUUUCAGCAGUACUCGAUACUAAAAGAAGACGAGUGUAUGCUAAAGUUCUUCGAAACCUUUGGAGAAUUCUCCAACUUUGAAGAGGAAGUCUUCCCCUGUGAACUAGUGCAAGGUUGGAGUCUAGCAGUGGAUUUAGUCAUAGGUCCAAAAGGCAUUCGGCAACGUACCAAAGCAGACUCCACGCCGGUCUUUCUUGCUGAAUAUAAACAGAUCCGAAGCAUCAAGUAUAAUACACAAACAAAUGGCAGAACUUUGUUACUUAUCGAAAUUGAGGGUGCCAGACAGAAUCUCUCGAUCAGCGUGGCGUCUCUGGCCAUCGCAGAGAACAUGGCCGACCUGAUUGACGGUUACUGUCGGUUUGUAAAUAGCGCAGACUAUUCUUUGAUAGCUGGACAAAAUAAAAAAAGUAACGCGCAAGGUGUGCCGUUGCGCAACUCUCUUCCUGACAUUCCCUCCGGAAAGCACAGAGAAUCCUUCAGAUACAGUAACUCUGAUAUAUACUGUGAAAUCCCAGAUGAAAAGCCGCCACCACCUGCAAAGGUUGGACUCUCAAGGAGAGAUAUUGUCUUAAAGCGUAUUCUGGGUGAAGGCUUCUUUGGAGAAGUUCAUGAAGGAGUUUACCAGAAAAAGAAUGGAGAGAAAAUCAAUGUUGCAGUAAAGACUUGUAAGGACUGUGCUCCUGAUGUCAGAGAGAAGUUUGUGGGUGAAGCAGUUAUGAUGAAGAGCCUGGACCAUCCACACAUAGUACGACUAAUAGGUGUCAUUGAGGAAGAUCCUGUGUGGAUUGUUAUGGAGUUGUGUCAACACGGGGAGAUGGGGAAAUACUUGACUAAAAAUCAGAGUUUGAGCAGCACGACGCUAGUUCUCUUCUGCCUGCAGAUUUGCAAAGGGCUGGUCUACCUACAGGGAAAGAAUAUGGUGCACCGAGACAUAGCUGUACGAAAUGUGCUUGUUGCAACACCUGAGUGUGUGAAGCUGGGUGACUUUGGGCUUUCCAGAUAUAUAGAGGAUGAGGAAUAUUACAAAGCAUCUGUUACACGUUUACCCAUCAAAUGGAUGGCUCCUGAAUCCAUUAACUUCAGGCGUUUUACUGCUGCCAGUGAUGUGUGGAUGUUUGCCGUGUGCGUGUGGGAGAUCAUGAGUCAUGGUAAACAGCCGUUUCACUGGCUGGACAACCGUGAUGUGAUAAAUCAGCUGGAGCAAGGCAACAGGCUGCCCAAACCUGAGCAAUGCCCUCCUGCCCUGUACUCGCUCAUGACGUGCUGCUGGAGUUAUGACCCCCGCGAAAGACCCACCUUCACCGAACUCGCCUGCAACAUCAGUGAUGUCCACCAAAUGGAGAAGGAGUUGGAGGUGGAGAGAGAGAGAGACAAAGCUCGUAUGACCCGGUUCCUGGAGCCCAAGUUUAACAUCAGUGAACCCCCACCAAAGCCUUCCAGAGUCAAUACCAGCCGCUUCGGAAAUACCCUUGGAGUCGGCCUGCACCUACAGCUGAAUGAGGCCUUAUGUGCCAGUUCACCAGAUCUGGCCAGCCCGUGUGACUACCAGUCACCUAUCGACUCAACCAACAGCCUAUCCAUUCCUAAGGCCUCGCCCCGACGCCUCAGUCUUGGGGAAGGCGAGUUCAACUUCGGACCGCCCAGUAUGGAAGAUGCCCAGCGGCUGUGGCAGGCAGAGAAAGAGCGCAUGCAGGAAACUUUGAUGAUACAGAAAGAACAGAUGGAGGAGGACACAAAAUGGUUAAAGACGGAAGAACAGCAUCUGGACCCGAUGUUUCACGAGAACACAAAUAUCCCUGAGACACCUGAACCAUCACUUAACGCUGAUCUGCGGCUGCCUCCUUCAAAACCUCCCAGAAUUGCAGUGCAGCCUGCACCUACAGCGGAGCUGGACCGCUCCGAAGACACCGUGUACCAGUGUGUCAUGGAUGUAGUGAAAGUGGUUGUGGAGUUUAAAAACGACCUUAACGCACUGCCGUGCACUGAGUACAUCACUGCUGUCAAGAAUGUUGGACUAUCGUUACGAAAUUUGAUCAACAGUGUGGAUGAUAUACUGCCAACACUGCACAAAUCUUGUAGGGCAGAGAUUGAAGGCACACAGAAGUUGUUGAAUAAGGACUUGGCUGAGCUUAUCAGUAAGAUGCGUCUGGCCCAGCAGAACGCCAUCACCUCUCUGAAGGAAGAGUGCAAGAAACAGAUGCUGGCAGCUGCCCACAAUCUAGCCAUGGAUGUCAAGAACCUGUUAGACUCUGUAGACCAGGCACGUGUGCGCUCAAACCUGGCCAAGCCCAAAGCAGAGGACGCUGCCUCAGAGGAGACAGACUAGAGACUUAAACAAACAUGAGUCACAGCUUGAGUACGGGACAGGAUUACCAUCUGCUUGUAUAAGAUGCAAUUGUAUUGCAUUGUAAAAUGCAAUGUAAACACCAGUAUGGGAUGUGAAACUGCCUCAAUUUAAACUACGGAUUUACAGCAUGUAAAGUUUGAUGAUUUUGAAAAGCAAGCAAUUUAGUCAGUGACUGAAUUGUGUCUGGAGACAACGUGCUUGCUUUAUGCAAUAUAUCUUAUCUUAUAAAUGUUGUAGACAACGAGGGUACUAUAAAAGCUUUUAUAGCCAAAAGCUUUUUAAAAAUACUUUGUUUGCAAUUACUAUUAAAAUAUGUUUUAAGACAUG